UUGACCUUGAUCGCUAUGUUGAAGUUUCACUUGUUCUUCAUCGCUGUGAUCUAUUGCACGCUUCGGAUCAUCAAGGCCAACGAUGAUGGUGCUGUUUCAUUUAUCAGGGAAGCAAACAGCACAACUCUAGAGCACAAGUACGACUAUAUUGUUGUUGGAGGAGGAACUGCUGGCUGUGCGAUCGCUGCAACCCUAUCUCAGCGCUGCAAAGUUCUUGUUCUCGAGCGAGGCGGCUCCCCGUAUGGAAAUCCGCUGCUCUUGCGGAUCGAGAACUCUGGGAACACCUUCGCCAACCCGGGUGGAUUGGAGGCUCCCAAUCAGGCAUUCACUUCCGAGGAUGGCGUCGCAAGCAUCAGGCCAAAUGUUUUGGGAGGAGGCAGCAGCAUCAAUGGAGCCGUCUACAAUCGUGCUCCAGACGAGUUUAUCAGCGAUGCCAAGCUCGACAAGAACUUGGUCGAGAGCUCGUACGCUUGGGUGGAGAAAGUGGUGGCAUCCAGGCCAAGAAACUUCAGUGCUUUCCAGAAUUCCAUCCGUGGAGCACUGCUCGAAGUCGGUGUAACGCCAGAUUUUGGUUUCACUUACAAGUACGUUGUUGGAACAAAAACGACUGGAAACACAUUUGAUAGCCACGGACAGCGUCAUCCAUCUUCAGAUCUUCUUCUCGCUUAUGCAAAUCACAAGAACAUCGAUGUGCUGCUCCAUGCGACAGUCUACAAAGUCUUGUUACAAGGAGGACGCAGUCGUGGAGUUCUAUACACUGACAAUCUCGGCCGCUCUCACACAGCUCUUCUCAGCUCUGAAAGAAGUGAAGUUAUAAUCUCUGCGGGUGCUCUGGGAAGUCCACAGCUACUUAUGCUAAGCGGUGUUGGUCCUAAAACUCACCUCGAGGAGAUGGGAAUUCCAGUAAUCUUGGAUUUGCCUAAGGUAGGGAAGGGCAUGGGUGAUAAUCCGACAAACACCAUCAUACUGCGCUCUCGCAUUCCUGUUGGAAGCCUGAUCCAGCAAGUGGUGGGAGUGAGCAAGUUAAACUUUAGCGCUGGAGGAUACAUUUUGAGUCAAGACUCGGGGGCUAUUGCCGGGGAGGUAAACGGCCCUCUAUCAACAGGCGAGCUCUUCCUCAAGAGCAUAAACGCGAGUGAAACUCCCCGAGUGAGAUUCAACUAUUUCCAGAACCCGGUGGAUCUACAACGCUGCAUUGCCGGAGUCAACACUUUGGAGGAGAUGGUGCUCUCUCGAUCCAUGGCAGCGCUGGUGUUUGGGAAUCAGUCCCUUCCAUCUGGAGGCACGGUGUCUUCGCCGGAUCGAAGAAAUGCAACGCUCGUUGCGAGUGGAUCUGUGAAUAGAACCAUCAGCGAGUUUUGCCGGCAAAGUGUUUCGACGAAUUACCACUACCAUGGGGGAUGCCCGCUUGGGGAAGUGGUCGACUGGAGCUUCCGGGUGAUGGGCUUGAACGGAUUGCGGGUCGUGGAUGGAUCUACUUUUUUGUCAACUCCUGGAACCAAUCCUCAAGCAACAGUGAUGAUGCUUGGGAGAUACGUUGGAGUUGAAAUUCUGAAAACACGAUAGAAUGGCAAUUGCUACAUUGCUGUGGGGCUAGCAUUAAAUAUUUCAAGGAAUAAAUUAUAACAUUAUGCUAAACAUUUGAGCAUUA